AUGGCUCAAAUCAAAUUUCGUGGGAAGCCGCUCAUCGGCUACAAUGUUCUAAUCAUCGCUUUUGCUACCUUUGGAAGUAUCACAUAUGGUUACUGCUCCGCCAUCAUCGGCUCCACACUAGGCCAACCUUCCUUCCUAAGCUACUUCGGCCUCGACACAGCCAAGAAUGCACCAGCGUUAAUCGGAGCCAUCAAUGGUUUGUUCCAGGGAGGAGGUCUCAUCGGCACAUUGACCUUUGGAGGUCUCGCAGACAAAUUCGGACGAUGCAAGGCUAUGUUCCUCGCCAGUGUCCUCGCUGUUAUCGGCGGUGGACUCCAAGCAGGGUCAGUGCAUUUAGCUAUGUAUCUGGUGGCUAGAUUUAUCACAGGCCUUGCCGUCGGUGGUCUAGUCAUGAUUGUUCCCCUUUGGCAAACCGAGGUUGCUCCUUCACACGCCCGAGGACUGCUCGUGGGUCUCCAUGGUGUUUCAAUCCUGCUCGGCUACUCAUCAUCUGCCUGGGUUGGUUUCGGGUUCUUCUAUGUGAACGCAGAUGGAGCACAGUGGAGGCCACCUCUGGCCAUCCAGUGCCUCCCUCCGUUGAUCCUCGCUUGCGGUGUCUACUUCAUCCCAGAGUCUCCUCGUUGGCUGGUAGAGCAUGAUCAGCAUGAGAGAGCGGAAACCAUCCUCAAGCGCAUUUACAGAGACUCGGACGACCCCAGCAGUCACGAAGCCAAUGUUCAGUUCGCCCAGAUUCGGGCCCAGGUUGAACUGGAACGCAGCCUCCCUUCGUCCUGGUCAUCUUUAUUUACCGUUCCCCACUAUCGCAAGAGAGCCUUUAUCGGCUUCACCACCCUUCUUGCGGGCCAGCUUAGCGGAACUACUGUCAUCAACAACUACGGUCCUUCUCUGUAUGCUGCUUUAGGUCACGGUCCUGCGGCUAGUUUGGCACUGUCUGCUGGGUGGCUUACUGAAGGUCUUGUUUGCAACGCCAUCAACGCCGUACUCCUCGACUAUGUUGGCCGCAGGUGGCUCAUGGUCACUGGGCUCUUUGGCUGUGCCGUGUCCCUUCUUGGUGUCAGCAUCAUGGUCGCCUUGUAUGGCGGUACAAACAACACAGGCGGCAACUCUGCUGGUGUCUUCUUCCUGUAUCUCCAUCUGACUUUCUAUGCCACCUGUAUGGAUGCAUCCACAUACGUUUAUGGAUCCGAGAUUUGGCCUACACAUCUACGAGGAAAGGGCUUCGCUGUCUCGUGCGCUGGUCUCUUUGUCGGAUCGUUGACAUUACUGGAAGCUGCACCUACCGCAUUCCAGACUAUCGGUUGGAAAUUCUAUCUGAUUAUGAUGGCAUUCACCAUCAUUUGUGCGAUUAUCUUUAUAUUGUACUUCCCUGAGACCAAGGGGCUCACUCUGGAGGAGAUUUCGGCACUUUUUGGUGAUGAGGUCGCGAUUGAAGCUUCACAUAUCCAGACCAAGACUUCCAUUGCCAGUGAGAAUGAGCCCGUCAAGGCAUGA